UCCUGGCCGGGGGGGAAACAGGUGUGUGGGAUAGGGUAGGGGGAGUGGCCCUCCCUUAACUCUGGAACACUUUGCAAAAUCCAUUUGGUUGGAGUAACGCCCCUUUCCCCUUGUUCAUAUUCAAAAGGAUUCUGCCUUCACAGGCAGAAGACAGCAGGACGGCAGGUUUUCUCUUCACCCUGAAAGCCAGGAAAAGACAGAGGACCAGAGUGAAGGAGAAUCAUCCCACAAAGGAACGGAGGACUCAGUUGUACCAACCACUCUUAACCGUGCUCAAGCCUUUUCCUUUUUUUGGGGUCUCCACUUACUGUCUGUAACAAGCAAAUGGAUGACCAGGAGCAGCGGAUGUAUUACUUGUACGUAACAGUGCCGAGGAGGCUUCAUAUUGUCUCCAUGGUGAUCUACAGCCUUGCCUUUGUCUUGGGGGUCGUUGGGAAUGGGCUGGUCAUCUUCAUCACUGGCUUCCGUAUGAAGAGGACGGUCAACACUGUCUGGUUCCUCCACUUGGCCAUUGCUGACUUUGCCUUCACCCUCUUCCUGCCCCUGAGUGUUGCCUACGCAGCCCUGGGCUUCCACUGGCCAUUUGGCCGGGCCAUGUGCAAGAUCAACAGCGCCUUAGCCUUCCUCAACCUCUACGCCAGCGUUUACCUCCUCAUGGUCAUCAGCAUAGACCGUUGUAUUUCCGUGAGGUGCCCAGUGUGGGCUCACAAUCACCGGACACCCCGGCUGGCUUCUUUUGUGGUCUUAGGUGUUUGGAUCCUGGCUUUGGUGCUGUCUUGUCCUAAUCUCUAUUUCAGGGACACUGCAACAAAUCCAAAUAAUGAGACGAACUGCUUUAACAAUUAUGGAGAAACCGGCAAGGAAGUAAAACACCGUGCCAUGAUUAUCAGCCGGUUCAUCUUUGGAUUUGUCGUCCCCUUCAGUAUCAUUGUUUUUUGCUAUGGGGCAAUUGUCUUGAAGCUCCGAAGGAACGAGCUGACCCAAUCCAACAAGCCCUUCAAGGUCAUCACAGCAGUGAUUGUGGCCUUUUUUGCCUGUUGGUUACCCCAUCACAUUUUUUCUUUCAUUGAGCUACAAAUGAAUAAGCAACCUAAACUAUAUUUGGUGGUCCUUAUUGGAGUUCCCCUGGCAUCCAGCUUGGCUUUUGUCAACAGCUGUCUCAACCCCAUCCUGUAUGUCUUCAUGGGCCAUGAUUUCAAGGAGAGGCUCAGACGUUCGCUCUUUUCUGCAUUUGAGCAUGCCUUCACCGAGGAUAGCAGUCCGAGCACAACACUCACCAAGUCAAAAAAUUCAGGUGAUAUGGAAUCCCAGGGCUUAUGAAUGCCAUUGAUGUCUCUGCUUCCAAAGCUCCCGACCUACAGAGCAAGAUCUUUGAGUAUAUUCAUUCAGAAUUUGCUCCUCUGCCUUCAUCGCCUCCCUCCCACAUUUUUGCAUAUUGGUUUCUUGCUUUCAGGCUCAGUUCUCUCAAACAUGUUGGAAGAGGCAUAAAAAUAGUGAGUAAGUCAGAUGCCCUGCUCUAGGAAGGGAGGUCUUUCUGUAUAGCUGAAGCUGAUAUGCACCAGAUGCACUUGGACAUUUCUUCUUAAAAAAACAAAACCAGAGAAAAAUUACAAUUUCACUUCUGAAUUAUCUUAACACAUUCACUAAAGCCCGAUUCAGACAUUAUGCUUUAGUGUACGAGUGUACUGACGUAUUGUACACUCGUACAUGUGUUUGUGUGAAUGACUGUACCUGGGUUCAUGUUAAAAGUGAACCUGGAUACAGGCCCUUCAAAUGCCUGUUACAGAUAGGAAGUGUACUUCUGCACCUGCAUUCAACAUAACGUGAUGACUGUACCUGUGUACAGAUCUGUACCUGUGUACACUGUAUACUCUUUGUACGAGUGUUGAACAUAAUGUGUGAACAGGCCUUAAGUGAUUUCAAGAAGAGAAAAUGAAUGGAAAUAUGGAAUAAAGGCAUUUCACACCAACUUCCUCCUUUCAGGAGAGCCUUAAAGACCCAUCUUUUUAGCCUGGCUUUUAAUGAUUUCUAAUUUUUAAUUUUAGUCUGGUUAAUUUUUAUUGUAAUUGUUUUAAUAUGUAAAUUGAUGAUGAUGAUGAUGAUGAUGAUAAAAUUAAUAAUAAAUAAUAGAAAUCAAUAGUGGUGCCAGUAGAUGUGGGUGCUCUUGGUGCAGUACCCAA